AUGUCCACCGUUGAGAUGAACGCGGCCGAACCUCCCGCCCCCAUUGACUGGUGCAAUUUCUGGACAGAAUCUGAACGGGUGCGAGAACCGGAAAGCGAAUGUGAACGCUCUCUGACCGCGAUCAUGGCCCCGCGAACCAUCGCUAUCGUCGGGGCCGGGAUCGCCGGUAUCGCUUGUGCUUUGUCUCUGGCCAAAGAACUGACCCCGUUCGUUCCCGACCUGCAGAUCAAUAUCUUCGAACGACACGAGAUACUCUCCACUUCCGGCGGCGCCAUCAACCUCACCCCCGUAGCACAACGACAUCUCGACCAGCUAGGCGUGCUGGAGGAGUUGGACCGACUCGGCGUAGAGGGCGGAUCGGAUGUCGAUGCCAUCGAGGUUUUCUCUAGUCGAUCGGGACGGCAGCUCGGGUCUAUCGAUUUCACAGACUCGUCCGGGAAAGGCAUCGGCGGAUACAAGGGACGAAGAGUGAUGCGGAUUAUGCUCUCCAUGGCGAUGCUGACGACCGUGGAGCGUACGAAGAACGUCAACGUAGUGUUCGGGAAGAAACUGAUACGCGGCGAGGAAACCUCCGACCAAGCUAUCUUGUAUUUCCAGGACGGCACCACCGCGAAGGCAGAUCUGGUGCUGGGAUGUGACGGCGUGCAUUCGGCCACUCGAACCAAAUGGGUGGCUCCGGGAUCCGUCUCCGAAUACACGGGGAUAUCAUUUGUGCAGACCGUCGUGGAGUCUAAGACGGUGAAGGCUCCGAUCCAUUUCCGAUCCACCGCCUUGAAUAUCUCGCGACAUGGCUCGCUCAUCUCCAGUUACUGUGACCGUGAACACGAGCAGAUCUUCCUCGCGGCUAUCGUGCAGGUUCCGGAGAACUUGCUCUCACAGUACCGAUUGGAGAGUGGAGCGGAUUGGCGCAAAAAAGCAACCAUUAAACGCGCCCUCAGUGAGGAGAUGCGUAUUCGGUUCGGUAAAUCCGGUCUGCCCUGUAUUCGCGAGAUGACGAGCAAUCCCGCCGAUUGGAUGAUGUAUCCUGUAUAUCAGGUCCGGCCGGGAGUACGAUGGCAUACGGAACGGGUGAUGCUAUUAGGUGAUGCUGCGCAUGCUAUGCCCCCUCGAGACGAAUCCGCCGCAUACGCACUCGACGACGCGAUUCUCUUCUCGCGGAUCCUAUCCAAACAUCGGCACGAGCCACCGUCCGCUGCAUUCAAAGCCUAUGAAGACCUGCGACGCGAGACGGUCAACGCGGCGUUCCGAUCAUCGCGACGCAUGUGGGAGAAACAUCGCGAUAUGAGCUUCCUCGAGGGUCGGUUGAAGGAAUGGACGUUGCCUUUUUAUCUGCGCAAUUCGAGAGAGGCGCGGCAGGCGGCGUGGGAGUUUGAUGCCACUAAGAUCAGUAUUCCUGUUCCGGUGGAGGAGCAGAGUUCGUCGUCGACAUAUUCGUUUGAGAAGGGUUACUUUUCGAGGAUAUCACUAUGA